UGCAAGGUGGAUUGUUUUCUACAGAAACAUGGGACCUAAUAAAUUUCAAGAUGUUACUGUUAUUUUAUUCGAUUUAGACAACACUUUGAUUAAUACUAAAGGAGCUGAUCGUCUGGCCUGUGAACAGGUCUUUCAGUACCUCCAGAACUGCAACGUACGUCGUUCUACAGCUCGCGAAGCAGUCGACAAAUUCUACAGCUUCGUCCGAGAAACACCCCAAGACCCAUCCAACGAAGACGGUGACGUAGAUGCUUGGAGACUGAUGUUGUGGAAGCAGGCCUUGGGCCCAGGCCUCUCAGCCAGAGCCUCCACGGCCUACGCCAUUUGGAAAGAAAUCCGAACUCGCCACCUAUGUCUGGGUGCCGAACUGGAGGACCUGCUGUUGGAAUUACGCAAGUGCUAUAAGUUGGGUCUCAUUACCAACGGGCCAUCGUCCGCCCAGUGGGACAAAAUCCGACGGGUUAAUGCGUCCAAUUACUUUGACGUCAUCAUUGUGAGUGGUGACGUCAAGCAUGCCAAACCAAGCCCAGCCAUUUUCGAGGAAGCCUUCAGAAGGCUGGAUGCCUCCUCUUUGGAAUGUGUUAUGGUGGGUGAUAGAUUGGACACCGAUAUCAAAGGUGCCAUGAAAGCGAACUGUGCUGUGACUGUUUGGGUGAGUGAUAGUGAUGCCUCCUUAGAAGACGUGCACCCAAAACCAGAUUUCAAAGUUUCGCACGUCAGGGAAAUUUUGGAUCUUCUCCCUGAAAGUAAAGGUUUUUCUUCUUUGUGUAAGAACAGGACAUUAGGAGUUUUCCACAGUUUGAGAGAUGAUGCGCAACAGUGGAGGAAGGAUCAUUAGGAAUUGUUUGAAAGAUUCGGACGAUGUCUCUCCUGCAUCUUUUUGCAUUUUUAAGCUAUGCAAUAGAAAUGUUGGAUCAUAAAGUUAAAAAUAAGGGCAUUACUAACACGAUUAAAAAAAACUCAUCAAUGACAAAAAUUUUAGAUCUUCUCGCUGAAAGUAAAAGAGUUUACU